AUGGCGCGAGAUGCGGUGGUAGAGGAUUCCACAGCAAAAGAUCACACGUAUGAUAUGGAGGAGGUAUCGAAUGAAAAGGCGCCGUGGGCGAACUCGCCGUACCAUCUGCAUGAUUUCAUGAAAGCCGGGUUGAGUCAAGACGACGCGGAAUUUCUGUAUAGCAUCGACAAGGCAGAGCAGAGGAGGAUUUUCCACAAGGUAGACUGGCGGCUAUGUCCUAUGCUCGCCGUUUUAUAUCUCAUUUCUCAUCUCGACCGAGCGAACAUCGGCAAUGCCAAGAUCGAAGGGCUCGAGAAGACGCUCGGCAUGAAAGGCACAGAUUACAAUGUUGCGCUGAUGGUCUUCUUCGUUCCCUACGUCCUCUUCGAAGUGCCGUCGAACAUGCUGCUUGCAAAGUUCAAGCGCCCAUCGUACUACAUGGGAAUACUGGUCUUGUGCUGGGGCACCUUUCGCAUGGCGCUGUUUUACUGUGCUUCAGCGACGAGUGGCGCGUUUUCGGGUCUGCUGGUUGCUGCGAUUGCAAAAAUGAAUGGCAUUGCGGGACUUGAGGGAUGGAGAUGGAUCUUCAUCCUCGAAGGCAUGGCUACGGUCGUCAUGGGUGUCGCUGUUUUCUUCUUACUCCCAGACUCUCCAGACCAUGCCAUCGGCCGCUGGCUCACGACGGACGAAGCGCGAUUCCUCCGCCUAACCCAUAUAGUCACUCGUGGUCUAAAGCGCAAGCCCCGCGUCAAUGCCGAUGGCAAGAAAGAGAGAAUAAAAUGGGGUGUCAUCGGCCAGGUCAUGAAAGACUGGCAGAUCUACCUGCAAGCCAUGAUUUUUGCCAGUAACGCCGUGUCAAACUACGGACUGAAAUUCACCAUGCCCCAGAUCCUCAAGAACAUGGGAUUCACAAGCACAACCGCACAGCUCAUGACUGCGCCUCCGUACGCCUGUGGCGCCAUCUCAGCGCUGGUCUCUUCCCUUCUCGCUGACAGAUUCACAUGGCGCAUGCCGUUCAUCACUACCGCACAAGGUCUGCUCAUUAUUGCAUAUGCUAUUCUGUUUGCAAAGGCAGAGGCUAUCAAGGACAACGUGGCCGUGUGCUACUUUGCAGUUCACGUUGCGUGCAUUGGCAUCUAUCCGAUUCUGCCAGGCUGCAAUGCGUGGACCAUUAAUAACCUAGCCGGGCCUGAGAAACGUGCCGUUGGUAUCGCAACCAUGAUUUGCAUCGGCAACCUAGGCGGCAUCGUGGGCUCCUUCAUUUUCCAGGAAAAAGAGUCGCCCAAGUACGAGACGGGAUUUGGAUCUUCGCUCUCCUUUGCAGCCGCGGGCAUGGUGUGUGCAUUUACGCUGGAAUUUUUGUUCUUAAGGAUUAAUAAGCGCAAUGCGGAGAAGACGGAGGAGGAGUGGAGGGCGAUUUAUACGCCUGCGCAGUUGGAGAAGAUGGGGGAUCGGAGUCCGUUGUUCAAGUACCACUUGUAG